GAUCGUGUGGGGUUGUGGGCCGGGCAGCUUUACUGCUCGAUGCGAUCGAGGUGCGCCGACUGACUCCCUCACACAAUAACGGCCCGCCCGGCAGAGUGCACGAAGAAGCCCGAGCACCUUCCCAUCCAGUAGUAGGCGGCAAGAGGCACCACCGAGGCGCAGUGUCCAAUUCGACCAUGGACGUGGGCGCAGAGGUGGAAGUGCAGGUAGCUCCGCAGAAAUGGCGACGCGCACAGGUCAUCGACCGCUAUGUGAGUCCCAUCGAGGCGUCGGGCGCCGUGAUCGUCGUCAAAUUCGAGGACGGCAGCGUGGCGGAGCGAGGCGUACCGGCCGAUGUGAACCAGGACGCGCCUGAUGUGCGUCUGCUCACUCCCGGUCAGGGCCAGCGCUUCGAUGUGGAUGACCUUACCCAACUCAUCGAGCUAGACGAGACGACGAUCCUUUCGGCGCUCGAGACGCGCUUCGCUGAGCACAAGAUCUACACCAACACAGGAGCCAUUCUACUGGCUGUAAACCCCUUCCAGAAGAUCGCCAAUGUCUACAGUAAAGACACAUUGGCCAAGUAUUUGUUGUCUUACGAGUCCAGGAGCUCCUCGAUGCGCAGCGACCCCAUGCCUCCGCAUAUCUAUCAAGUGGCCGGAGAGGCCUACAAGGCCAUGAUGUUAGGACUAAACGGCGUUAUGAGCGAUCAGAGUAUCCUCGUGAGUGGAGAGAGUGGCAGUGGCAAGACCGAGAGCACCAAAUUCCUCAUGGAGUACCUCGCACAAGCAGGCGCGAAUAAUCUAGCAGCGUCUGUUGCUGGCAAAAUCCCAGAAGGCAUCGCCGCCAAAGUGUUGCAGACCAAUAUUCUGCUCGAGUCUUUCGGUAACGCACGCACUCUUCGCAACGAUAACUCGAGUCGAUUCGGCAAAUUUAUCAAGCUGCACUUCACUAGCGGCGGCAGACUCACAGGUGCCAGUAUCCAGACAUAUUUGCUCGAAAAAGUGCGUCUGGUGUCGCAGUCCAAGGGCGAGAGGAAUUACCACAUCUUUUACGAAAUGGCGAUCGGCGCAGCCCCAGCAGCUCGUAAGCGCUGGUUCCUGGAUCCUCCAAAGGGCCAUCUGAUGCCUCCAGGAGAUCACGGGGAAGUCACAGACGCCACGCGCCAGUUCCUUCAUUAUCGGUAUUUAAACCAGAGCGAGUGUUAUGAACGUCGUGAUGGAGUAAAAGACUCGGAUAUGUUCCGACGAGUCAUGGACGCUAUGGACAUUGUGGGCUUCACACAGGCGGAACGUGCAGGUAUUUUCGACAUCCUCGCGGCGCUCAUGCACAUUGGGAAUUUAUCAUUUGAGCACGACGAGAACAGCGACAGAUUAGGACAAUCAAUGGGGCCUGGAGCGGGUAAAUCCGACUUGGCUCCAAGUUGCAUCUGGUCUCGUGACGCAGCAGCUACGCUGAUGGCUGUGGACGCGACUAAACUGGAGCGAGCGCUGAGUGUGCGUCGUAUCCGAGCCGGUACUGAUUUCGUGAGUAUGAAGCUGUCGGCAGCGCAGGCUAACAACGCACGUGACGCGCUGGCCAAGGCUUUGUAUGGACGUUUGUUCGACUGGAUGGUGAAGAAGAUCAACCACUUCCUUCGAAUGGAUGACAGCGAGAAAGCCAAGGGCGGACUGCAUUUCAUAGGCAUUCUCGACAUUUUCGGCUUCGAAGUGUUCCCGAAGAACUCGUUCGAGCAGCUUUGUAUCAACUUUGCCAACGAGACGCUACAGCAACAGUUUAACGACUACGUUUUCAAGGCCGAACAGCGCGAGUAUGAGUCGCAAGGUGUCGACUGGAAGUACAUUGAGUUCUGCGAUAACCAGGACUGCGUGAACCUCAUUUCGCAGCGACCGACGGGCAUUCUGUCGCUUAUUGACGAGGAGUGUGUGAUGCCUAAAGGAAGUGACACGACGUUAGCGUCCAAGCUUUAUCGCGCCUGUGGCAGCCACCCCCGCUUCGAGGCUUCCAGAAUUCAACGUGCACGGGGCCUGUUCACUAUUGUACACUAUGCAGGCCACGUGGAGUACUCGUCCGAUGGAUUUUUGGAGAAGAACAAGGAUGUUCUGCACCAAGAAGCAGUGGAUAUGCUGGUGUAUUCCACACGAGAAGACAGCUUUACUCGCACCUUGUGUGAAGGCUUGGGUGGUUCUCGUGACCGUGCCAAGUCUUCUCCGCGUCAACGUGCACAAACCAGCAAGAACCGAGGCGCGAGUGUUGGUCUUCAGUUCAAGGAGCAGUUGACAACGUUGCUGGAAACGUUGCAAAGCACCAACCCGCACUACGUACGUUGUCUCAAGCCCAAUGAGCUGUGCAAAGCAGGGAUUUACGAGCGUGAACGUGUGCUGAACCAACUGCGUUGCAACGGUGUGAUGGAGGCUGUUCGUGUGGCCAGAGCAGGGUAUCCGAUUCGCUUACCACACGAUGUGUUCGUCGCCAGAUAUUUCAGUUUAAAGAGGUCCAAGAAUCCGCUGCUAGCUAAGAAACAGGGAACUUCCUUUGGACUGCCCGAUACGGACUCGGACGAGGGCAUGGCUGUCAUUAGUAGUGAAGCUAAGGAGCUACUGAAGGAGCUGCUGGAUGUGAUCCCCAAGGAGAACGAUGCGAACCCUCAAGGCGCCUGUGAACGACCAGAUCAAGGCCAGUUCACGACCAAGUGUAUCUCAGUGGGCAUCCAGAUGGGGUUCACGAAAAUGUUCAUGAAGAAGCCGACGUACGAAUUCCUCGAGGAAAUGCGCUCCCAGCGUCUACAUCGUCACAUGAUCAAGAUUUUCUACGCUGUCUUGUGUGUGACUGCCCGUGCGCGCUACUUGAAAUACCUUCAUGCUGUGAAGACAUUUCAGAUUCGAUUCCGAUACAAGAAACAGCAGAAAUUGCGUCGUCGACGGCAGAUUAUGAUGACCCGGAAGAGGAAUGCAGGCAAGGUACAGGGAUUUAUCCGGACGGUGGUGCAGCGUAAGAAGUUCGUGUGCUUUCUCGCGGUUGUACGGUUGUUGCAAUGCCGCUUCAGAUACCGUCGACGAAUGCGUGCUAAACGUACAGAGGCUGAUAAGGCGAGGAAACUGGCGAAUUUGAAGCGCGAGCAGCAGAUGCAGGCUGUGACGCAGUACACGGAGAGCUCCACGGCGUCUUCGGACUCGUCUCCGCGGUCCGUUACGUCGCAUUCCAACGAUAUCGAAGGUUCUGGUUUCUCGGAUGUGUCGUCGGACUACUCGGAUGAUAUGUUCACGUAUAACGACAACUUCCCCAAGCACAACCUCAACACUGUGGACGAACAGAGCAGUCAAUUGAUGCCUCGUGCGUCUCACCGCGUCUCUCUUAGGAAGUCCCAGUCGAUUGACUCCAUCACCCCCAUGGGCGGAUUCCGAGCGUCCCAGAUGCACAACACUCACGGUAGUCAAGGCCAAUUGGUCCACACACCGGGAUCGAGGUCACGCUUGCCCUCACGGAAGUCCUCGUUCCGUAACACUCGGUCGUCUCGUGCUGUGGCGCUCCCGAGACUGGAUGUCAUCCAACAUACGUCUUGGGUCAAUGACGAAGACCGCUUCAGUUGUCAUAUCUGCAACAAGCGCUUCAACAUGUUCAAGCGCAAACACCACUGCAGAGCGUGUGGCGAGGUUAUCUGCAACAGCUGCUCGUUGUAUCACCGGAUCCAGUCCCGGUCCAUGCGUGUUUGUGUGUCCUGUGUAGCGUUCCAUUCGCUGGACAGCCCCACAUCGGCUGGAUCCACGGGUUUCCUACGUCCUGGCGGCGGUAGUGCUCACUCGUCCAACUCCAGUCGCAAGACGUCGAAUGGCUCCGCUCCGGACCGCAACCGGAGCAGUACACUCAGCAGUGGCAUGUGGCUCAACCCGUGGCCGGAACCGCCCUACCCUGUGGACGAAGAGGAACGAUUGACUGUACUACGCGAGCUCAACAUCCGCGAACUUGGGCUAUCUGGCAAGUUCAACAUGUACUGUGAAGUUGCCGCCAAGACGAUGAAAUGUCCGAUUGCGUAUGUUAGUAUCAUCGAGGACGAAGAGCAACUGCUGGUGGCAAAUAUCGGCAUGGCGCACACGACACUGCCACGUGAACUUUCGUUCUGCGCACACACUAUUUGUCAACCGAGUGUGUUGGUGGUGUUGGACACCAAGAAUGACGAGCGUUUCCGCGAGAAUCCGAUGGUCAAGGGCGACAAGGGAGCCGUCAAGAUCCGGUACUACGCCGGCGCGACCAUCUUCUCGCGCGACGGACACGCACUUGGCACAGUGGCUGUGCUGGACACCAAGCCGAGAAGGGAGGCGGACCAGGAGCACAUUGGCAUGUUGCAACACCUGAGCUUCCUGGCAAGCGAGAAGAUGACGCAGAGCACCAUCCAGGAAGAUAGUGAUAGCGAAUUUCUAUGAACCACCAAGUAACGAGUGAUGAGAUUGUCCAUGUCAAGAAACCCCUAGCAAAGUACAAGUAGUGCAACUUCAACAAUGUUUAACCGUUUUGAUCCUAUGAAAGUGAGUCCAUGAA